AUGGAGGCACUGGAAGAAGCUGGAUCCAGACAAGGAAAGAGAGCAGAAGCUCACCAGAUGCUCCCCCAACUCAGACAACAGCCCAUGGUGAGCCCAGCUGGGGGAGGGGCGGACCUGGACAACAUCCAGAUGACUCAGUCUCCAACCUCCCUGUCUCCAUCUCUAGGAGACACAGUCACCAUCACUUGCCAGGCCGGUCAGGGCAUUAGCAAGUGGUUAGCCAGGUAUCAGCAGAAUGCUGGAAAAGCUCCUAAGCUCCUAAUCUAUGCUGCAUCCAGUUUUCAAAGUGGGGUCCCCUCUAGGUUCAGUGGCAGUGGAUCUGGGACCAAUUUUACUACUGCCAUCAGCAGCCUGGAGCCUGAUGAUUUUGGAACUUAUUACUGUCGACAGCAUAGUAGUACCCCUCCCACAGUGUUACAAGCCGGAACAUACACCACGCAGGGAGGCAGAACUAUGAGGCUGGGCUAUCCCAGCUGUUCUUCCUGGUGCCUUGAUCUGCUGAGAGCAUUUCUCAGGUGCAAUGAGACUCUGGAGGUCACCAGAAGGUUUGGUGCCAGAUGUGACAUCCAGAUGACCCAGUCUCCAUCCUCCCUGUCUGCAUCUCUAGGAGACACGGUCACCAUCACUUGCCAGGCUAGUCAAGGCAUUAGCAAGUACUUAGCUUGGUAUCAACAGAAACCAGGGAAGGCUCCCACGCUCCUGAUCUAUUAUGCAUCUAGUUUACCAAGUGGGGUCUCCUCGAGGUUCAGUGGCAGUGGAUCUGGGACAGACUACACUCUCACCAUCAGCAGCCUGGAGGCCGAUGAUGUUGGAACUUAUUACUGUCAACAAGGUUAUAAUACCCCUUCCACAGUGUUACAAGCCCAUACAUAA